AUCUGUACAGUAAUGUGGCGCCAUCUUGCUCGGUUGUCAUUGUCAUUUCUGAGCAUUUUUCUUCCGUGUUGAGUUAUGUUUUCCCGAGAAAUGAGAAUCAGCUCAUUUAUAUUUGAAUUCUUAAGUUUUUUAAAUAAAUCUGUGUAAAUAGAACAAUAUUCCGAAGAAGUAAAACGUUUUUAUUGAGUGAAAGUGAGUGAUUGCAAAAUGACGGCCACGGUCCCGCCGACGAUUACCAAAACUAACAUUACAACGCCUGCUAAACCUCAAAAAACGUAUGGAAAGAUAAUUCUGACGUUACACAAUCUACUUCUACCUGAACAUGUCUUCAAGGAGACACCAUCUCAGGCGGAUGGGCUUGACAUCGAAACCGAGACUGAUUUGCGUAUUCUCGGCUGUGAGAUGAUACAAACCGCUGGAAUCCUGCUCAAACUGCCCCAAGUCGCCAUGGCAACAGGUCAGAUCUACCUCCAAAGAUUCUACUACUCGAAAUCUUUCGUCAGAUACCCUAUGGAAACUAUGGCAAUGGGUAGUAUUUACUUAGCGUCCAAGGUUGAGGAAAAACCGUGUAGAAUUAGGGAUGUCAUCAAUGUCUUCCAUCACAUCAAACAAGUCAGGGCGCAGAAGACAAUAGCACCAUUGAUAGUUGAUCAGAAUUACAUAGAACUGAAGAACCAGGUUAUCAAAGCUGAAAGACGGAUUCUUAAAGAGUUGGGCUUCUGCGUUCACGUGAAACAUCCUCAUAAACUCAUUGUAGUCUACCUGCAGCUCUUACAGUUAGAAAUGAACCGUCAACUCAUGCAGAUGGCUUGGAACUACAUGAAUGAUGCUCUAAGGACAGACGUCUUUAUGAGAUUCCCUCCAGAAACAAUUGCUUGUGCCUGUAUCUACUUAACAGCCCGUAAAAUAGGUUUGCCGCUUCCAAAUAACCCGCACUGGUUUCAACUUUUCAAAGUGCCCGAAGAAGACAUCCGUGAAGUCAGUGUAAGGAUUCUGCAGCUGUAUAAGCGACCAAAAGUUAACCCGGAAGAACUAGAGGCGAAAGUAGACAUGCUGCGGAAGAUAUAUCAAGCUAACAAGCACAUGCAAGCUCAGAAGGAAAGAGAAGCAGCUAAAGCGGAGGAGAAAAAGGCUGAAUCGCCUUCAACAUCGACGUCUAAGGAUACAAAAAGAGAAACUAAGAAAGAGAAAUCACCGAAGACUCCACCACUUUCUUCUAAGUACCACUCUUCCCACAAAACUAAAAGAGAGAGGAGAUCUCGGUCCCCUUAUGACCGUAAAAGGGAAUAUUCUAGUAGCAGUAGUAAAAGACACAAGUCUCGUUCGAGGGACCGUGAGUUGGAUCGGUCGAGGGAGAGGAGGUCCGACGACAAAAGAGGACGGAAUUCUAGAAAAUAUGAUGAUUAUGAUAGAUCUAAAUCUAGCAGAGAUAGUAGGGAUGAGAAAAGAAAACAUUAGUUUUAAGUAUCUGUGAUUUAUUGGAUGAAUAAAUGCUUUGCUAUAUUUCA